AUGCCCAAAAUUGGUAACCCUAAUUCAAUUGUCAAAUUGUCAAAGUCUCUUGCUUUUGGAGAAACUGUCGAUUGUGAACAACUAACAAACAUAAUAGCAGAUGAAAGAGUAAAUGAAGAAUUGAAGGAAGAGAUAGUUGAUGGCGAGAAUGAUAACAAGAGUUGUGACUCGAUAAUUUGCUCGAAAAACUAUUCCACAACAUUGCCACCUUUGAAGGAGUUUGAACUCUUUGGAUGUUCUCAGAGUUGUCCAAAACUCUCUUUCACUUCAACGCUAGAGUCCGAUCAGUUGGAGAGAGCAGUUUUAGAGAAUAUUUGUAGAGACAUUGCUCAAGAUCUUCUAUACUCAAUAAUCCAAGAUCCUAGCAAUGAAUGUCAAACAACAAAAAUCACUGAAGACAUUCAAGGUGAGCUGGAAGUCCAAGCAACAUCACAAAGUGAAUUGGCUUCUUCAGAAGUCAAUACGAAUCAAUCCAUUGCAGAGAUAAAGCAUGAAAUUGUUGAAGAAGAUUCGAGUUUAAAGAUACCAUCGGCAACAACAUCACCAAUUAAAUGGCAUGAGCACAUUCAGAUUGUCCCAAAGAAAAAACAGGACCAAAGUAAUCAAGAGGAUUGUGUAUCAAAGCAAAUUAUUACAACAACUUUAUCCAUGGAUUCAGAAAAAGGGAAAACAUCACCCAGACAAUUGCUUUCUCUUAUACAAGAGGAUAUUUUGAGAAAUUUUGAAGUAGGAACAACAUCAGCCAAUGCCGUGAUAGUAGCAUUGCCUCACUAUGGGAGAACAUUCUUCGAUGAACAACCAAUGGAAGAACAUACUUCAAUGAAAGAACAACAGGCACUUGGAGAAACUGAUAUUAUUUUUGAAGUUUUUCAAGGAAAUAAUGGAAUGCCACCACCUAACUAUGGUAUUAAGAGAAAUGUUGAAGGAGGAAAUGCAUCAGCGAAUUUCGAGUCAAUAACGUCAUCAACUCGUUCAGAACUAGUUAGUUCAUCAUUAGGUCCAUCAGUUGCUUCUAAGGGUGAAACAUGUCCACAUGAACAUGGGGAUGGCCAAAUGGCCAUACCAUCUGUUUUAGUUGUGCCUCCCUCUGCUCAAGAAACUUCAGAGAUAGCGCUUGCCCUCACUAACUCUCAUGGUCCAGUUCCUUUGAAUGGUGAUGCUUCCAUGAAAGUAAGCUCAAUUGUUGAGGAACUGUUUCUUAACAAUGAUGGCAUAGGAGUUUCAGAUUCUAAGCCCUUUCCUGGCAUCUCUUCCCAAAGCCCUUCUCAAACCAUGGAUGAUGUGAGUUUUGGUUCUCUCGUCAAAAGUGAACUUGAGCAACUGAGACGUGCCUUGUUUCCUAGUUUACAAGUAUAUGAAGAGGCAUUGCAAAAAUUAUUGGACUCAAAACGCAUUUUGACUCAGCAUGUGAAGGAUCUUAAGCAUCAAGUGGCAUCUUCUGAAGCUGUUUUGGAGAGUAUAAUUCCACACGAGGCACAAGUAAUGGAAGCUAGGGCUUCUUUGAGUGCCCCUCUUGGCUAUUGGACUGGAGAAGCUAGAGUGGAGGUCCCUUUUCCUCUCUGCCAUGCAGCUGCAUACCUUGGCAUUGAUCUCGACCCUCCUCCAGGAAGAUUGGAUGAAUAA